UUCGUUUGUCUCCGGCCGGUCACUCCAUGGUUUUCAGGUCUCCUUUAGAGCUUUACCCCUCUCACCUGUUCCUCCCGAACUUCGUGGAUCGCCCUCUGCUCCUAGCGGCCAGCCUCCCUCGCCCAAGGUCCCCGGACGAUCCGGCCAUGUUCCAGCUGCCCACGCUGAGCUUCACGGCCGAGCAGGUGGCCAGCGUGUGUGAAACCCUGGAGGAGACGGGUGACAUCGAGCGCCUCGGCCGUUUCCUUUGGUCGCUGCCGGUGGCGCCAGGCGCAUGCGACGCUAUCAACAAGCAUGAAGCUAUCCAGCGAGCACGCGCCGUGGUCGCCUACCACACGGGCAGCUUUCGUGAGCUCUACCACAUCUUGGAGAAUCACAAGUUCACCAAGGAAUCGCACGGCAAGCUACAAGCCAUGUGGCUCGAAGCCCACUACCAGGAGGCCGAGAAGUUGCGCGGACGCCCACUCGGACCCGUCGAUAAGUACCGUGUGCGCAAGAAGUUUCCACUGCCACGUACCAUUUGGGAUGGCGAGCAGAAGACGCACUGCUUUAAGGAGCGGACGCGCGGCCUUCUGCGGGAGUGGUACCUGCAGGAUCCGUACCCUAACCCGAGCAAGAAGCGCGAGCUGGCGCAGGCCACCGGACUCACCCCCACCCAGGUGGGCAACUGGUUUAAAAACCGACGGCAACGAGACAGAGCCGCCGCCGCCAAGAAUAGGCUGCAGCAGCAUGCCCUGGCUCAGAGCGCUCUCCGCUCGGUCUCGGGUCCCGGGUGCGCGCAGCGCGCCUCCGCCUCUCCCAGCAGCGCGAGCGUGUGCAGUGGCGAGCGGCCCGAUCCCGGCACUGUGCUCUCCGUCACCGACAGCGACUCGGACUUCGACGUAUGACACACAGGCGUUUGAAAACAUGGAAAUUUGGACCUGAAAAUAAACGAAUCAAAAGAAUAAUAAUAAACUGAAAACUGACAGCGUGGGUAGCGGCCAUUUUGGCCUUUGCCGUUGUUCCUCAAAUGGAGAAAAGCAUGCAGUUUUUCCAAGCGCUUCAGUGGACAAACACGCUCUUUCUCUCAUCUCCCUUUUGCAUGGUCAUUUGUGAAUAUUUCUGGACGGUUAUGGAAAAGCACUAGGAGGAUGAAUUGUAUAGAGACGCCAUUUUACCUCUUUUCUGCUCCUGUACCCCCCGCAAAGCGGACUGUUUGAGUUUUGUAUUUAUCAGACAAUCGUGGAAGUCAAAAGCACCUUUAAGCCGUCUUCUCUGGCUUGACAGCAGAUGUUCAAAGUUUGCGUUUAUCUCGAGAUUUUAUAUAUUGAAUUAUCAGUGUAUGAUGCGUUUUUUUUUCUCUCUUUGGUCUAGGCUGUACUAGAUAUGCUUGUAUGAUAAUGCAGUUACGCCAUCCUAAAGCAUCUUUCCUUAUUUUGUGUCCUUAAAAGUGUCUGUAAAGUGCUUUGAGAUUUUUAAUAUCUGCUCAUUUGUUCAUUUUUAUACUGUAAAUGGGUUAAUGGCUCUGAAAACGCAGUGUUAUGGGUCACUUUUAUGCAAAUAAAUAUAAUUUAAUAUUAUAACUAUAGCCUAUUUGUUUGUGGUUGUAUUGAAUGGUCAGAUUUCCCCAAAACACAAUAUCCUCAAGUUUAUACAGUGCGAUAGUCGCUUAUGGAUUGUUCAGAAUUAAAACAAAAAAAAAUUCAGUUUAAUAAAAUAAAUAAAGAAAAAAAAAUGAAAUCAUAGUUAUAGCCUUUUAUAUCGUUAGAUAUAUUCUUAUAUUAUAAUAUUAUAAUUCCUGUGAAUUUUGCGUAAGGUCCGGUUAAUGAUGUUGAAAUUUAUCAAAACUUGAAAUCAAUAUAUUUCUGUUAUAAUCCAACAUAUAAGCGGUAGCCUGUUGUUGUUGUUGUUGUUGUUGUUAUUAUUAUUAUUAUUGUUGUUGUUGUUGUUGUUGUAGGUAUUAUGGGUUAUUAUUACGGGGUUUGUUUUUAAUUAUAGGCUUCUGUGAGGUUAUUAAUUAAAUGCGCAAAUUGUGCAAGAUUUUUGCGGGUGGAAUCGUUCAACUAAACAGCUUUGCUUUGACCUACAAAUGUUCUCCACUAAACCAGAGAGAUAAGUUCUGUCAUAUUUUUCAUUAAACUGGCAUUUUAGAAAUAAUGAUCUCAAACUUUAACUAGUUACAGCGUCACAUCUGUGCAUUCGGAGUUCAUCGAGAGAGAUGACAAUUUUAUGGUUUUUAUUGAUACAUCUAAGGGUUUUAUUAAUACAUCUAAAUUCGGUUGUCAGUAAUGUGUCAGUUAUAGGAAAAAAAAUAAAUAGCAGUUUGUAUCACAUCAGGCUAUCCCCCCCCCUCCCCCCCUCACAUCACAUCACCAAAGGCUCAGUGAAAAGAGAAAGGUCUUGAAUAUUUCUCAUCGCCUUUCGUACAGGAGAGCUGUGUCUAUUAUUCUGUGCAUGGUUUUUCAGUCCUGUUUCCCCUUUUGAACACAACUUCCCAUUAGUGUUUAUUCACGCGGCAGUUCCCCUUGACCUGCAUUCACUGCCCAGCAUGCACCAACACAAAACGGGUCUCACCUCUGAGUAAAUUCAAGUAGGGUUUUUGACUCACAGCUAACUCUCCAACACAUUAGCUUACUCUGAAUCGCCUAGAGAUUGAGCAGUAUGCUAAUGGGAAAACGAAUCUUAUGUUUUUUUGUUUGUUUUUUUUAAUUCCCUUUACUAAUAUAUGCUACUAUAGUUCUGUGAUCUAUGAUUUUAAUCAGUGGUCUUCGUCUAACAAAACCAGACUAUACUAUACAUUCAUUCGGUGGAUUUUCUACAAUUGGGAGAAUGUAAAAAUUGAAUUCUCCUUAGAAAAAAGUCUUCAAGAACUUCACAUUUGAAUAAUCACGACUUUCACGUGGAUUUUACACGUGUUUUUUUAGACACUUGUUUUAACACCUGUUAUGUUUGACAUUAUUAUUAUUUUUAUUUAUUUAUUUAUUUAUUUAUUUAUUUAUUUAUUUUUACAUGUAAUGUUUUACAUAUAAUGGUUUUCAUCGCCUGUGUGUUCGCAUAUUACUUGCAGUCACGUGUGGAAAAAAAUACGAUCACGUAAAAUGUAUGUGAUUUUCCGCCAGAGUAUAAAACAACAAUCGUAGCUUUAUUUAUUUAACGGGGACGAUACACAGUAAUCAGCAUCAGUAGGCUUAUUAAUAAUGGAAAUGUGUUAGAAAGGACAAAUUUUUAUUUGCUGUUCUUUGCUGUUCUUGGGCAGGUUCAAAUAUAAGGAAAUGUUGUCACAUGUACUGCAUGUGAAAAACAACUGUAUUGAGACUGCAUGAAAGAAGGGACUUAUUAUUGUGAUUUCUGUGUAGAUUUCAGCUGGUCAGAAUACAUAAACAGUGAUUAUAACAUCACUUUAUUCUAUAGAAAUGUUAUACAUAUAGACUGCAUAUUCAAACACAUACAUAUACUCUAAUGCAUAUCUUUGUUGGAGUAGGCGUAUUGUCGCUGGGGUGGUAAAUUGAAGGUUACAUCUUUUGUAGUUUUACUUACCUGGAUAAGUAAAUGUAGAAAUACAUUUUCAUGGCCUGUGAAAUACAUUUUCCAUUGUUUGUACCUUAAGAAGAUAAAAGUGCCUGUCUGUCCUCCUCUGACUGUGCAGCAACUCCUUAACAAAAAGCACUAUAACGGUGUAACCAAAUCGCUAAACUAUUUGCACACUGUAUUUUAGUUCUAAUUUCUUUUUGUUUUGUUUUUUUAUCUAUAAUAUGUCUUGAGGUCGGCUAAUGAAGGUUUUUAAUUUUUUUUUUUAUUAUUAUUAUUUAUUUAUUGUUUUACCACACAUAGAUCAGGAAGAAAAGCUCCUGGUGACCGGUGAUCAUUUAUCCUUUUGUUGUUUGUGGUUUUUAUUUAUUUAUUUUUAUUUUAUUUUAUUUAAAAAAAAAAUUUUGUGAAAUCAAUGAGGUUUAGGCUAUGAAGACUCUCUAAAUCUGAAUAUGGGAUAAUAACCUUACAGAAACUCUCAAUGGCCUUGUCUAACAUUGGGUCUAAAUCACGUGGUUUUGUCGCCAUCGUGUGGUGAAUAUUUGAAAGUGCAACCAGCUGCCAGUUAGUAUAAGGCGUGUGUUUACUGUUUAGUUUUACGAGGUUUUACCGCGAUUACUGUUUACAAACCCCAACGCUUUGGUAGGCUCUGUGCUAUGUUAUGAGUCUACAGAGGUGUUUGUCUAACAGCAAAUUCUUAGCUUUCUUGCCAUUAUUACCCAAAACAUGAUACGCUUCUGAAAUUCUCAAGGUGUUGACCAUCUAUAUGUGAGGGGGGAAAUGAUUAUUUAUU